AUGGGCCGCAUUCGCACCAAAACCGUGAAGAAGGAGGCCCGGGUCAUCAUAGAGAAGUACUACAAGCGCCUGGGCAGCGACUUCCACACGAACAAGCGCGUGUGCGAGGAGAUUGCCAUUAUCCCCAGCAAGAAGCUCCGCAACAAGAUAUCAGGCUAUGUCACGCAUCUGAUGAAGCGGAUUCAGAGAGGCCCUGUAAGAGGUAUCUCCAUCAAGCUGCAGGAGGAGGAGAGAGAAAGGAGAGACAAUUACGUUCCUGAGGUCUCAGCCCUGGAUCAAGAGAUAAUCGAAGUAGAUCCUGACACUAAGGAAAUGCUAACGCUUUUGGACUUCGGCAGUCUGUCCAACCUGCAGGUCACUCAGCCUACAGUUAGGAUGAAUUUCAAAACGCUCGGGGACUUCUUUGAAUUUUUUCUGCAGUGCUAUAUUAUUUUCAAUAAAUCUGGAAACUCAGCAGGCUUCACCUCUCACUGGCACUCGCCGUGUGACUUUGCAGCACCUAGCCCGGGCAUUCUGGCAGCCCAGAGGGAGCUUGUCCCCGUAUCAAGCCCGGCAGGCACCCGCCCGGCGGCAGCUCCGGCUCCUGCCAGCGCCUCUUCCUCUACACCUCCACGCCAGCAGAGGGAGCCGACUCCCGCCUCCGCCAGCCCCAGAGAGAGGCCACCACAGCGCGGCAGCAGGCUGAAGGGCUCCUAG